AUGGCCGCUUCAGGCGGGUAUAAUUACCGAGAUGCCACUACUCAGAGAGGCUCUGUGAAGGUGGAUAGGCCUCUUUCUGUCAAUUCCAACCCCAAGUCCUCUGUAAAGUCCAAGCCUUUGGUUCCUCCUCGCCGGAACAGCACUGGCUCUGUCGCCGGUGGCGGUGCUGGAGCUGCCUCUAAGGAUAAUACUGGAGUUCCUGGAAGAGUCCGAGUAGCUGUAAGAUUGCGGCCACGUAACUCUGAUGAAAUGGUCUUGGAUGCUGAUUUUGCUGAUAUUGUAGAAUUACAGCCAGAGCUUAAACGAUUGAAACUUCGGAGAAACAAUUGGGACUUGGAUACUUAUGAGUUUGAUGAAGUUCUUACAGAGUUUGCAUCACAAAAGCGUGUUUAUGAAGUAGUGGCAAAGCCUGUUGUAGAGAGUGUUCUGGAAGGUUAUAAUGGGACAGUCAUGGCAUAUGGCCAGACUGGUACAGGAAAGACGUAUACACUUGGACGACUUGGAGAGGAGGAUACUGCUGCUCGUGGAAUAAUGGUCCGUGCCAUGGAAGACAUUUUAGCAGAUGUAUCUCUGGACUCUGAUUCUUUGUCAGUCUCGUACCUGCAGCUUUACAUGGAAACCAUACAUGACCUACUUGAUCCAGCAAAUGAUAGCAUUUCUAUAGUGGAAGACCCCAAAACCGGUGAUGUCUCACUGCCAGGGGCAAGCCUAGUUGAAAUCAGGGACCACAAGAGUUUCGUGGAACUACUAAGAUUAGGGGAAGCUCACCGCUUUGCUACUAAUACAAAACUGAAUACUGAAUCUUCUCGUAGCCAUGCUAUUCUGAUGGUACACGUAAAAAAGUCUGUAAAGGGAAGAGAUUCAGCUCUUUCAAGCCAAAAUGUCAAUAACUCCCAUACUGUUAAAAGUCUGAAGCCUCCUGUUGUUCGAAAGAGCAAGUUAGUUGUAGUGGAUCUUGCUGGUUCAGAGCGUAUCGACAAAUCAGGAAGUGAAGGACAUACAUUAGAGGAAGCGAAAUCAAUCAAUCUCUCAUUAAGUGCACUGGGAAAGUGCAUUAAUGCAUUGGCCGAGAACAGUUCCCAUAUUCCUGUUCGAGAUUCAAAACUUACAAGAUUGCUUCGGGAUUCAUUUGGAGGCACAGCAAGGACUUCACUGGUUGUUACUAUCGGUCCAUCACCGCGACAUCGAGGAGAGACAGCUAGUACUAUUAUGUUUGGACAGCGGGCUAUGAAAGUGGAAAACAUGUUGAAACUGAAGGAGGAAUUCGACUAUAAAAGUUUGUCAAGAAGACUAGAUAUACAAUUAGACAAACUCAUUGCAGAACAUGAAAGACAACAGAAAGCAUUUGAGGAUGAGAUUGAAAGAAUAGCCACAGAAGCUCAAAAUCAAAUGUCAGAGGUUGAAAAGAACUAUGAAGAUGCGCUGGAGAAGGAAAGAUUGAAAUAUCAGAAGGAUUAUAUGGAAUCAAUAAAGAAGCUUGAAGAGCAGUUGGUGAUGAAUCAGCCAAAGCAUGACUUUGAAAAAGUCACAAAUGGACCCAAGGACGAUGGAUCUAAUGUCACAUCGAGCAAAGAGAUUUGCAAGUUGCAUGUUGAGGAAAUUGAUGACUUGCGAAAGUUGCUCCAGCGAGAGACAAGUCUUAGGAAGGCUGCUGAAGAGGAAAGCAAUAAUCUUAAGAGUCAACUGACACAAUGGAAAAGGUCAGAGGCAGCUGCAAAUUCAGAGAUCUCAAAGCUUCGUAAGAUGCUUGAAGAUGAGGCACAUCAGAAAGAGAAACUUGAAGUAGAAAUAGCAGCACUUCACAGUCAGUUGUUGCAAAUGAGCUUUGAUGCUGAUGAGACAAGUAGACAACUUGAUAAGAGUGGUCCUGGAAAAGUUGGUGGCCUUGACUCCCUCAUGACUCAAGUUAGGCAUCUACAGCUUAAUGAUUCAGGAAAUGAGGACAAAGCCUCAAUAGCAAAAAUCUUCGAACAAGUGGGAUUGCAAAAGAUCUUGUCAUUACUUGAAGCUGAAGACAAUGACGUGCGAAUUCAUGCCGUUAAAGUUGUAGCAAAUCUUGCUGCUGAAGAAGCAAAUCAGGAGAAAAUUGUAGAAGCUGGUGGUCUCACAUCCUUGUUGAUGUUACUUAAAACCUCUGAGGAUGAAACCAUACAUAGAGUUGCAGCAGGUGCCAUUGCAAAUUUAGCAAUGAAUGAAACCAACCAGGAGCUGAUAAUGAAUCAAGGGGGAAUUAGUUUGUUAUCUAUGACAGCAGCCAAUGGUGAAGAUCCACAAACACUUCGAAUGGUUGCUGGAGCCAUUGCUAACCUUUGCGGAAAUGAUAAAUUACAGAGCAAGCUAAGAGCUGAAGGUGGCAUUAAGGCAUUGCUUGGAAUGGUCAGAUGUGGGCAUCCAGAUGUUCUUGCACAAGUUGCUCGUGGGAUUGCAAAUUUCGCGAAAUGCGAGUCUAGGGCCUCUACACAAGGGACCAAAAACGGAAAGUCUCUUUUGAUUGAGGACGGUGCACUUUCAUGGAUUGUACAGAAUGCUAAUAAUGAAGCCUCACCAAUCAGGCGCCAUAUUGAGCUAGCACUAUGCCACUUAGCACAACAUGAAACAAAUGCAAAAGAUAUGAUCAGUGGUGGUGCCUUGUGGGAGCUUGUACGCAUUUCACGAGACUGUUCGCGUGAAGACAUAAGAACUCUUGCAUAUCGGACACUAACUUCUAGCCCCACCUUCCAAGGUGAACUGAGGCGGCUGCGGAUUAAUAAUUAAGAGUCGUGAAAUAAUGGAACUGAUAUGAAGUGUGGAAGAUGCACAGCAAGGUCGCAAGCAUGGGAUUUGAUUCUUGCAAAUCGACAAAAAGGAAUGCUUGCAACUAGAGGUUGACUAUCUUGUUUCUGAGGAACUCACCAUACUGACUGACAUGCCUUUGUUUAGUCCUAAUGUUUAGUUGAGGUCUGCACAAAAACCCUAAUUCCUUUAUCAUUAUUAUCGUUAGAUUAUGUUUUGAGUUUUCAUUCCAUCAGUGCUUCAAAUUAGUUUGUACAUUGAUGCCAGGACAAAUAGGA